GGCUCGUUGUAAGUGAUGUAUAGGAAUAAGUAGGUGUUUUUUGGUAAGCCUCUGCGUUAAUAUUAAGUUUGAUAUACAGUUAAUGAGUCUUAUAAAAUCAUUAAAAUGGAUCAUUGUGGAGUAAAAAAGAGAUCUAUUAAUCCACGGCAAACAGCAAAUUUGUUUUCUUUGCUAACAUUCACAUAUUCUUGGGAGUUAAUCAAAAGAGCAUACCAGCAUGGACUUUCUGAAGAUGAUUUGUAUGAGGUUGUGAAAAAUUGUCGAUCGAAAUUUCUAGGAAAAAAGUUAGAGAAGGAUUAUGUUAAACAACAACAAAAAAAGAACCCAAAAUCGGUCUUUUUAAUUUUGUGGCAAUUGUUCGGAUUGAAAUAUUUCCUAGUUGGAUGCUUUGAUCUUUGUUUCCGAAUAGCUAGAAGCUAUUUAGAACCAGACGCUCUUUCCAAUCUUAUAUUCUUCUUUAGUGAAGGGCAAACCAGAAUAACCAGGAGUGAUGCCUACUAUUACCUCGCCAUCGUCCUAUUUUUUAACUACAUGGUAACACUAAUAUAUGACAAUAUGAUCGUUUAUUUCGUCAUCAUAGGAAUACAAAUACGAACAGCAUUUUCGUCGUUUCUCUACAGAAAAGCUCUAAAACUAUCACCGACUGCUUUGGCUGAGAUAUCUGUUGGAAAUAUAGUCACGUUGAUAACAAAAGAUGUGCAGACAUUUGAAAAGGGAAUUUGGACUAUCAAUCACGCUUGGAUUGGUAUAGUUCACUGUUCUGUGGUGACUUACCUGCUAUAUUGCAGAAUUGGGAUAACGACGUUGGCGGGGAUUGUGUUGUAUUUUCUAAUUAUACCUGUACAACUGUACUUGGGAAACAUAUUGAAAAAAUUUAGAAUACAAACGAAUAGAUAUACUGACCAACGUUUGCAAAUCUUUCAAGAAGCACUCUCAGUUAUAAAAAUUAUUAAAAUGUAUACAUGGGAAGACUACUUUUUAGGAAAAGUUGACACUGCUCGAAAAUUAGAAAUUAAAAAAAUGCUUGGCCUGCUCUACCUGAGAAUCGCAGUGGAAACUACUGGGCUGUUGGUAUCAAAACUGGGAUUCUACUUACUAGUAAUGGCGUAUGUUUGGAUAAAUGACGAAGCAGACGCCACCACCGUUUUUUUCAUAAUGUCCAAUUACGGAACGAUUAGUUACACGUUAGGAAUUUUAAUACCAGAUUGUAUUACUACUUCUUAUGAAUUUUUAUCAACAACAACGAGAUUAAACUUAGUUCUACGAGCAAAGGAACUGCCUAUACCCAAAUUAAAGGAAAAAACCUCCAGACCAACUAUACAUAUCAAGGAUGCUACAGUUUCGUUAGGCAAAGAAAAUAUUUUGAACAACAUUAGCCUCAAAGUUAUACCAGGGCUUACAUUGGUUACUGGGCAAGUAGGAUCAGGCAAAAGUUCCUUACUAAAAUUGAUGUUGCAAAGUUAUUCAUUAACUGCUGGUAACGUUUGUGUAGAGGGUAGAAUAUCAUAUGCUUCACAAGAUCCCUGGUUGUUUCCGUCUUCUAUCAAACAAAAUAUUUUGUUUGGACAAGAUCUAGAUCCAAAAAGAUAUGCCGAUGUGUUGCGGGUAUGUGCACUAGAAUUCGACUUAAAGAUGUUAGAAAAAGGUGACGAAACAAUUCUAAUCGAUAAAGGAUCAAAUUUAAGUAAAGGCCAACAAGCCAGAAUUAAUUUGGCAAGAGCUGUAUACAGAAUCAGUGAUAUAUAUCUACUAGAUGAUUGCCUCACUGCUUUAGAUAAUGAAGUCCAGGAUUAUAUUUUCAACGAGUGUAUACAGACAUUUUUAAAAGGAAAAAUAUGCGUCCUCGUAACCCAAACAGAACGACAUAUAAAACAGAGCGAUGUUGUCGUAAUUAUGAAAAAUGGAGAAAUAUUUAAAACGACAAAGCCAACUAAUAAAAGUCUAAAAGAAAUUAAGGACAUAAAUACAGUUCCAAAUGAAAAUAUAAAAGAAAACGAAAAGAUUGAGAACGAAAACAAUGAAAACAAAAAACUGUUGGAGGCCGAGCAAACUGUUGAACAACGAAAGAAAGUUUAUGAAGAAACAAUCCAAAAAGGGAGUGUUAGUUACAAAAACUAUAAAAAGUAUUUUGGUUUCGGUGGAUUUGCCUUGAUGGUUAUAUACUGCAUCGUUUGUGGAGGUUUCCAGUUUGCCCAAAGCUAUUCCGAUAAGUUGUUGACAAAGUGGGUCGAUGAUCAGCAACAAGUGAUAAAUUUAAAAGCCAAAUUGAUGCAGCAUGAUAUAACACCACAUGGCCCACAUCAAAACAAAUCAUUUACGUUACUAAGGAAUGGGAAAGUAUUAAAAGAGGACAUGAAAGAUUUCAACUUUAUAAAUAUCAAUAAUGUUAGUAACAGUAUAAACGAGUUUAAGAAUGUAAAUAUUAUUAACAGUAAUCUUACGAAAGAGAAUAUUACUCACCAAUUCGAUAAAUCCCAAGAAAGAGCCAAAAAUACAUUUAAAUGGUACUACAUAAUGCUUUUUUCUGGAGCAGUUAUGGAUAUUAUCAAAACUGGAAUAAUAUAUGACAUAUGUAGAAGAGCAUCGAUAAACUUACACUAUGCUUUAGUAAAAAAUAUUUUGAACGCUGUAAUGAAUUUCUUUGACACUCAUUUUAUUGGCAAUAUUCUUAAUAGGCUAUCACAAGAUUUGGUCAUGAUGGAUGAGAGGCUUGGAUAUAUUCUCAAUGAAUCUUUUGGGGUUAUAUACAUGAUGUGUGGAACAGUGAUACUGAUCGUAUCGGUUAAUAAUCUGUUUAUAUUUUAUACAGUUUUUGUAAUAAUAUGUCUUGUGACAUUGGGACGAAUAUAUUUGCCUUUCAACAGAAACAUGAAAAGGCUAGAAGCUUCCACUCGUAGCCCAAUGAUUGGUCACCUAAACGCAACCUUGGAAGGUAUAACAACAGUAAGAGCGUAUAAUGCUGAAAAUAUCCUGACAGACGAAUUUGAUAGACACCAUGAUUUGUUCACUUCCACAUACUACACCAGAAAUGUAUAUCACCGCGCAUAUGGAUUCUGUGCAAGCUUCCUUAGUACAACUUUAUUAACUAUGCUUAUUUUAACGUUUAUUUUUAUGGACACAGGUGCCAGUGCAGGAGACGUUGGCCUAGCCUUAUCGCAAGCAUUUCUGCUUGGAAGUUUCAUCGCCUCGGCAGUGAAUGUAUAUACAGACCUGGAAACAAUGAUGACUUCAGUCGAAAGAGUAUUUGAAUACACAGACAUUGAAACUGAAAAACAAGACGGAACCUUAGUUACCGGUUGGCCCAAAAAGGGAAGCAUAUCAUACGAAUACGUGUCUUUAACUUAUAAUAAGACAGAUCAUAUCUUAAAAAACGUUAGUUUUGAAGUCAAGAGCAACGAAAAAAUCGGAAUAAUUGGACGAACAGGAGCCGGAAAAUCAUCUCUUAUUUCAACAAUAUUUAGAUUGUAUGAAAUACAUGGCAAGAUACUGGUAGAUAAAGUUGAUAUCAAGACGCUACCUCUAAAAACGCUUAGGAAAAACAUUGCCAUAAUUCCUCAAGAUCCAGUACUUUUUUCUGGAACUAUCCGAUCAAACUUGGAUCCUUUUAAUAAAUUUAACGAUGAAGAACUUUGGAGUGCUAUCGACAAAGCAAAUUUGAAGGGUUUUAUUACAGAAUUAGAUUCUAAAAUUAUGGCGUCAUCUUCUAGUUUAAGUUUGGGACAAAAACAGAUGUUCUGCGUAGCAAGGGCAAUUUUAAGUAAUGCCAAAAUUAUUGUUCUUGACGAAGCCACAGCAAACAUGGAUAAUGAAACCCAAACAUUGGUGAAUAAAAGUAUAAAGGAUAACUUUUCUGCCUGUACUAUUCUGACAAUUGCUCACAGGUUGGAAAAUAUCGUAGAUUCUGACAAGAUACUUGUGAUGGACAGAGGUGAGGUUAGAGAGUAUGAUAAUCCUGAACAGCUUCUCAAAAACAAGGAAAGCUAUUUCUCGAAAAUGGUCCAGAAAAGUGUGAAGUUUUAAUAUUGUGUUAUAAUAUAG